AUGCCUGGACCUGAAAUAUCUCCGAUGUCUUUCAGCGUUGAACAUUUCGAUUUAAUAAGCGUUAAAGCUGAAAAUAUCGUUUCACAUAAGUCUGAAAUUCUUCUGGGGAAGAUACUGAAAAACAGCGGCUGGAAACGCUCGAGCUACAUUGUGGCAACAAAGCUGGUUUGGGGAAGCAAACUGGAUUCGGAUAGAGGUCUGUCAAGAAAAUUUAUUUUAGAGGCAUUGGAUGCCAGUCUGGAAAGGUUACAAAUGGAGUACGUUGACAUUGUGUAUAUCAACAGGACGGAUCCCAUGUGCCCCAUCGAAGAGGUUGUUCGUGCCUGCACACAUGCCAUUAACCACGGGAAAGCAAUGUACUGGGGUACAUCAAGGUGGACAGCUAUGGAAAUUAUGGAGGCUUACACUGUUGCUAGACAAUGCCAUCUUAUUCCACCGUCCGCAGAACAAACGGAGUAUCACAUGUUCCAAAGGGAAAAAGUUGAAAUACACCUGCCGGAACUCUUUCACAAAAUUGGAACGGGCACAAUUACUUGGUCCCCUCAAGCCUUUGGCCUAUUAACAGGCAAAUUUGACGAGGGUGUCCAACUCCUAUCCAGGGGAUCCUUGAAGAGCUUGUCGGCGCUGCAGGACCGGCUCAACACAGACGGCAGUCCGAAACAUCAGUACAAGAUGAGAGAGCUCAACCACAUUGCGGAGAAGUUGGGUUGUACUAUGACACAGCUCACAAUCGCAUGGUGCCUGAAAAGCGAACAAGUACAGUGUGUGCUACUGGGAGCCCUCUCUGUCGACCACUUGUACGACCAACUUCAAGCCUUGCAAAUCAUUCCUAAGCUCACGACCAACAUAUCCAACGAGAUUGAGAAGAUCCUCGAUAAUAAGCCGACAAGGCAUCCUCUGCAAAGGUGACUAGUGCAGAGUCGAGGCCCUUCUGCGGACCUCGGCUCGCCUGCAGAUCAACCUCUUGAUGCUCUCAAGGGCAGAGACACCAACCACACGGCUACCUCCCCGACUGGAGAGCCCCGCAACGACCAACCGGCUACCAGCUUCAUGGACAAUCUCAGAGCCACCUGCGUCAUGCAAUGACCACUGAAAGAAUGUUUCAGUUUUGUCUUUCUCUCUUGCAUGCAGAAAAAUUUCUUUAUUGCCUUCCUCUGCAUUUUGGUACAAAGCUGGAAUUGUUCAUAUUGUCCAACUACAAGCUGUGUGACUUAAGCGA